CAGGCGCGGCUCGGCCACCUCAGGCCGACAGAACAAGUAAGGACCGGCUGCGACACGAGGAAGAAGGCCCCUUGCCAAGCCUGGUGCUUUCUUUCCCCGGUUUCCUCGCUCCCCAGCUGGGUAACCGGCGACUCCGAACAUCUCUUCCCACGAGGGACGGGAACUGGGCAGUGAUGGCUGAGGUGAAGGUGAAGGUGCAGCCGCCCGACGCGGAUCCCGUGGAAAUAGAAAACAGGAUUAUAGAAUUAUGUCACCAGUUCCCUCAUGGAAUCACAGACCAAGUAAUUCAGAAUGAAAUGCCUCAUAUAGAAGCCCAGCAGCGGGCAGUGGCCAUCAAUAGACUGCUGUCCAUGGGUCAGUUGGAUCUCUUAAGGAGCAAUACAGGCCUUCUGUAUAGAAUAAAGGAUUCUCAGAAUGCUGGCCCUGUCUCAUUCUUUUUAAGUAAAAUGAAAGGAUCAGAUAACCAAGAAAAACUGGUAUAUCAAAUCAUAGAGGAUGCAGGAAAUAAAGGAAUAUGGAGCAGAGAUAUCCGAUACAAAAGUAACUUGCCAUUAACAGAAAUUAACAAAAUUCUAAAGAAUUUGGAAAGUAAAAAGCUUAUCAAAGCUGUUAAGUCUGUGGCAGCCUCAAAAAAGAAAGUAUAUAUGCUCUAUAACCUGCAGCCAGACCGGUCUGUGACUGGUGGAGCCUGGUACAGUGACCAGGAUUUUGAAUCAGAAUUUGUAGAGGUGCUUAACCAACAGUGUUUUAAAUUUCUACAAACCAAGGCAGAAACAGCACGAGAAAGCAAACAGAAUCCAAUGAUACAAAGAAAUAGUUCAUUUGCCUCAUCACAUGAAGUAUGGAAGUACAUCUGUGAAUUGGGGAUCAGUAAGGUAGAAUUGUCCAUGGAGGACAUUGAAACUAUCUUAAAUACACUCAUUUAUGACGGGAAAGUAGAGAUGACUAUCAUCGCUGCAAAAGAAGGCACAGUUGGAAGUGUGGAUGGACACAUGAAACUGUAUAGAGCAGUCAAUCCUAUCAUCCCGCCCACAGGUUUGGUCCGGGCCCCCUGCGGACUCUGCCCGGUUUUUGACGACUGCCAUGAAGGUGGUGAGAUUUCACCAUCUAACUGUAUUUAUAUGACAGAGUGGCUCGAAUUUUGAGAGAGCUAGGAACUUUACUGACAUUUUGCAAAUGAAGUUACUUUGAGAGCAAAUAAUUUAAUUCGUGAUGGAAUAUCAAAUACCCUUGAAAGCAAACUUCACAAUAAUGGAUAGACUUGCUGCUAUGAAAAAAUAUUUUUUUAUCUAUGAAGACUAAAUUUAUAAUGGUAGAGUAGCCAACGGAAUAUGAAGCAGGUAAGGCUAAUACUGAAAUCCAUUCUUCGAUAAAUACUUAGAACUUCUGGAAGACCACCUUCUGAAGCCUUCAAGACUUGUGAUGGUUCAUGGAAAAAGAAGCCAAUAAAUCUAAAUUUGCCAAAUACUAUGAUAAUGGCUAGAGCUUAAAAAUGCCCUUUUCCAAGUUAGUUAUUAAGAUCUUCAUUGGAAAUUUUUUACAUCUACUUCACUAUUGCCAUUUGUUUUCUCUUUCCUCAGUGGUUUCAUUGAGAAGUAAUUAAAAGUGAUGGGGCAGGAAUAGCACUUAAGGAAGAGUGGGGAAGAGAGUGGAACAUCUCUUUUCUGCACAUUAUUAAUUCCUUAUGUCAGAAAUAUUAUUUCAGAGGAUUAUGCCUUUGUACUUACCUCAAAUGCAAAUGAUGACUAUUAUCAAGGAUUUUUAGUGCAUAGUUAGAUUAUUCUCAUCUUCAAGAGAAUGUUUUCACUGAUCCUUUGUUAAAGUCUUCCAAGUUUCAUUCUGUGGUUCAAUAGUAUUAUUUGCUAGAACUGUCCCAUAAUCCAUAACCCUCCAUUCGUACUUCAUUGUGAGCAGGAUACCAUUCUUCUUUUCUUGUCCUAUUUUAGAUUUGUUUCCUUAUUCUCUUCUAAAAUCAUGGUGUAAUUAGUCUAGGCUAAGCAGAAAGCCAUUAUAAUUGUUCUCAGUUCUAAUAGUACUUCCAGUCCUAAUCGUUAGCCAUAGAGAAAACAUUAGGUUAUUCAGUGUACUGUUGCACAAAAGUUAGCUUUUUAGGAUCUCAGCUAUUGUAUUUUCACUUUGUACCUCCACUCAGUGAUUUCUGUGUCCAAGCCAAAAGUAUGGGACCAAGGGAAAGGAAUUGAAGGUCAGCUACUACUGACACCAGAGUUCAACUACCAGUUUGGAGAUUCUCCAAAUGGGCAACCAUCAGAAGGGUAACUUUGAGAUAAAUGGGAUCAAUAAAAGGAAAUCAGCUCAGUAACGAACUAAGAACCAGAUGGAGUUUGUGGCCAACUCUAUAAAAUAGCAUUCGAUGACACCAGCACUUUGAAACAAGGAUCAUUUCAAGUAUUAAAUAUAUAGAAGAUACAGAAGAAUCUAGGAGCCUGAAAGUACACAAGCCUUUCUCUUCCACCCCCAAGGAAAGCUAGAAUAGUAAGAACAUUAUUUGUCCUUCUUGGAACCUGGCCUAUCACAGAGGCGCUAGUCUUAUUUAAUGAGAAAACUGAAGUUGGGGGGAGAGGCAGAUGUAGGGAGAAGGAAGCAGUUCAUGUAUUAACUACAGAUUUUGUAUUAUGUCUUGAUAGCCAAAGAUUGGUUUUUAAAGCUUACAAUCAAAGGCUACAACAAAAGUUCAUUGACUCACCAGAAUAAAGAGACCCUUUAAAUGGUU